GAGCGUUCCACGUAUCAUUUAGUUAAUAUUAUUUACUUUUUUCCCGAUUGUUCUUCUGGCUGUGAGUGCUGCUUUUGUACUACUGCCUGUCGCCGACACUUGCAAUCGGAUAACAAAGUGAGCACUGACCCACUGAACACAAGCCACUUGAAAUUCGAAGUUUGAAAAAUUCGUUCGUAUCGAUAAAGAACUGAGCAGAACUGAAGGCAAAAGAUGACUUCUCAGGGCGUGCAGACACAUGAUAUAUCGGCAGCGAAGCGUGCCGCCUUCCAGGUGCUGGCCGGCGGAUCGGCCGGCUUCCUGGAGGUCUGCAUCAUGCAGCCACUGGACGUGGUCAAGACGCGCAUACAGAUCCAAGCAACACCGGCCGUCAGUGCCGUCACUGCCGUCACUGAGGUACACUACAAUGGCGUCUUCGACUGCUUCUCAAAGAUGUAUCGACAGGAGGGAAUCAGCUCGUACUGGAAGGGCAUCAUGCCACCGAUCCUGGCGGAGACCCCGAAGCGCGCCAUCAAGUUUCUAGUGUUCGAGCAGACGAAGCCGUUGUUCCAGUUCGGAUCUCCGACACCCACUCCGCUCACCUACUCGCUGGCGGGCUUGACCGCGGGCACCCUCGAGGCCAUCGCCGUGAACCCGUUCGAGGUGGUGAAGGUUGCCCAGCAGGCUGAUCGCCAGAAGAAGAUGCUCAGCACGUUCCAGGUGGCGCGUGGGAUUGUUCAGCGCGACGGUCUCGGGCUGAAUGGCCUUAACAAGGGCGUGACCGCGACUAUGGGCCGCAACGGAGUGUUCAACAUGGUUUACUUCGGGUUCUACCACAGCGUUAAGAACGUGGUGCCCGAGAACGACGACAAGACUCUGGAGUUCCUGCGCAAGGUGGCCAUAGGCUUCACGGCCGGCACGCUGGCCUGCUUCGUGAACAUCCCCUUCGACGUGGCCAAGUCGCGCAUCCAGGGACCACAGCCAGUGCCCGGUCAGAUCAAAUACCGCGGCACCCUCAGCUCCAUGGCCACCGUCUACCGGGAGGAGGGCUUCCGAGCCCUCUACAAGGGUCUCGUGCCAAAGAUCAUGCGCCUGGGACCCGGCGGUGCCAUUCUCCUUCUCGUCUUCGAGUACUCCUAUGAAUACCUCCUGCACAACUACUCCUAGUCCUAGUGGAACAUCCGACCCUCCCCAACAGCAUAAUUCUAAGACCUCUUUUUUUUUUUUUGCGUCUUGCUAAGCAUUUUGCUAUAUAGAUACAUACUAGGUACUAAAUAUUUGAUGGAUCGAUCAGAUCGAGGAAUGAAGACACAUUUUGAUGUGUGAUUUGUUUGUUGUAUUGUCUGUGAAUCAACACGAAAAAUAAUAGUGUUGAAAUGAAAAUAAAAACGGUCUACCAUGCCAAAAAACAUUAAAA